UUAAAAUUUAAUUGAAACAAAAACUCCAAUUUGAAUGGAAAUAAGAGUCGAAGUAGAGAUGAAUGAGAGGAGCAGAUCUUCUCAGAAGCAUACGAAGCCGUCCCUCCAACCACUAGAAACGGCUAAGAUAAACCUCCUGAGGUCGGAAGAUAUAAGUGAGUUCUUGAAUCCCAAUAUAUUUCCUCUAAAAACACCAUAAAUUUAAUAUUUUUGACCUCGGCCUAAAAUUUUGUGUGCGAAAUUUGUAAAUUAUUUAACAAAUAAGCCUCUUUGUGGCUAAAAUGAACAAGAAGUUAAGGGCUCUUUGCAAGAGUUUGAAGAAGAAUAAGCCAGCUCCCCCAACCGCUCAGGCUCAGCCAGAGACAAAGCAAGAGGAGUCUGCCCCGCUUUUGAAGAAGGUUCAAAAGCAAAAUGCUAAUGAUAAUGAUACUGCGAAUUACAAGAGAGAAAACCUUCCUGGAUAUCAAAUAUCUGAGGCAGAGCGUCGAAGAAGAAUGAUUUCAGAUCUCAGAAGUCGAACUGAAUCCACUCAUAAUCUCACCCCUUACGAGAUAGCACUGAAAGAAGCCGAACGAGAAGAGGAAAAGAAGAGACAAGAAGCUCUUCUUCAACAGCAAAAGAAGGAUCUCGAGCAGCUGAAUUCCUAUAGACUUGACAAAAAUGUGUUUAAUAUUCUGACGAUUUUCAAAUCUCAGAACGGUUUCCUGAGUAAUCCAAAAAUACUAAGAAACUUUGAGAAAACUUUCAAAUUUGAUGCUCAAAAAGUUAUGAGCGUAAACCCAGCUCAGGAGGAGGAAGCCAAACAAGCCUCAAAAAUAACACAGGCUGACUACAAACGAUGCAUGAAGGAGUUUAAGAAUUGGGUUGAGGAAAGUAAUUCUGAGUUGAAAAAGCGUCACCAGAAAUACCUCACUAAAUCUGCAAUAAGUAAGUCUCUCCAGUUUCAUACUUCAGGCUCGGAUUCUAAGGAAGAUACUAGUAUUUUGUUGAAGGAUUACCAGUACCCAUGCUUGUUCCGUAAUUCCCGUCUGAACCUUGAGAAGAAGAAUGAGUUAACAGAGGCUAUUAAGAAAUGAGAAGACGAGCAUAAACACCUCUCCAUUGAUAUUUGCAAAGUUAAUGAAGCUCUUAAGAGCAAAAGGGUCCAAAAGGCUGAUUUCUUGGCCCAGAAGUUGAUCAAUGAACUAGACCUCAAGAUCAGUGGUGAGAUCCUCAACUUUCACCAGCAGGAUCACAUGGAGCGUAAAAAGCGUAAAGCAGAGGCAAAGGCUAAACUUCAAGAAACUUUGAACCCAUAAUUUUCAAAAAUUUAUAGUUG